UUUUUUAAAGAGGAGAGGAAUAGAGCGCAAAACAAAACGAUAUCAACUCCCCCACCCCCCAAAACCAAAAAUCAACUAAAUGAGCGCUCAAGCGCUCGAGAGUGGAAGACGAGGAGAAAGGCAGGGUAGAAUCAGGGAGUGGAAAGCAAGAGGGAGUUCUGCUGAUAAAGCCAUGAGCCCUCUCGGGUGGGGGCUUGUGCUCAGUUGCCUGGGCUGUGGGAUGCUGCCUGGAGCCCGUGCACAGUUUCCCCGGGUCUGCAUGACGGUGGACAGCCUGAUGACCAAGGAGUGCUGCCCGUCGCUGGGUCCGGAGCCCGACAACAUCUGUGGCUCCCAGGAGGGCCGGGGCCAGUGCAUGGAGGUGCAAGCUGACACCAGGCCCUGGAGCGGUCCUUAUGUGCUACGGAACCGGGAUGACAGAGAAGGUUGGCCGAGGAAGUUCUUCCACCGGACCUGCCGAUGCACAGGACAUUUUGCUGGCUACAACUGUGGAGUCUGCAAGUUUGGCUGGACCGGCCACGACUGCAAUCACAGGAAAGCCCCGGUAAUUCGGAAAAAUAUCCAUUCCUUGACUGCUCAGGAGAGGGAGCAGUUCCUGGACGCCUUAGACCUCGCAAAGAACACGACACACCCCGACUACGUGAUCACCACCCAGCAUUGGCUCGGCCUUCUGGGGCCCAACGGGACCCAGCCACAGAUUGCCAACUGCAGCAUUUAUGAUUUCUUUGUGUGGCUCCAUUAUUACUCUGUUAGAGAUACAUUAUUAGGACCAGGGCGCCCGUACAAGGCCAUAGACUUCUCACACCAAGGCCCCGCCUUUGUUUCUUGGCACCGAUACCAUUUGCUGUGGCUGGAAAGGGAUCUCCAGCAACUCAUCGACAAUGAGUCCUUUGCUUUGCCCUAUUGGAACUUCGCCACCGGGAGGAACGACUGUGACGUAUGUACAGACCAGCUGCUUGGGGCUGCAAGACAAGAUGACCCAACUCUAAUUAGUCAGAACUCAAGAUUCUCCAGCUGGGAAAUUGUCUGUGAUAGCCUGGAUGACUAUAACCGCCGGGUCACCCUCUGUAAUGGGACCUAUGAAGGUCUGUUAAGAAGAAAUCCAGUGGGAUUAAACAGUGAGAAAUUGCCAACUUUAAAAGACAUACAAGAUUGUCUGUCUCUCACGACGUUUGACAGCCCCCCUUUCUUCCAGAACUCUACCUUCAGCUUCAGGAAUGCCCUGGAAGGGUUUGAUAAAGCGAACAGCAACCUGGACUCUCAAGUGAUGAGCCUACAUAACUUGGUUCAUUCCUUCUUGAAUGGGACAAGUGCUUUGCCACAUUCUGCUGCCAACGAUCCUGUCUUUGUGGUACUUCAUUCCUUUACUGACGCCAUUUUCGAUGAGUGGAUGAAAAGAUACAAUCCUUCUGUGGAUGCCUGGCCUCAGGAGCUGGCACCCAUUGGUCACAAUCGGAUGUAUAACAUGGUUCCUUUCUUCCCUCCGGUGACGAAUGAGGAAUUCUUUUUAACUGCAGACCAACUCGGCUACAGCUAUGCCAUCGAUCUACCCUUCUCUUCUGCUUUAAUUCCAGUUGAAGAAACUCGAGGUUGGACCACAACCCUCUUGGUGGUCAUAGGGAUGCUGGUGGCUUUGGUUGGUGUUUUUGUGGUGCUGUUUUUCCUUCAGUACAGAAGACUCCGAAAAGGCUACACACCCCUAGUGGAGACACAUUUAAGCAACAAGAAGUACACAGAAGAAGCCUAGAGAGCUCACGCCUUCCUCUAGAGAGGCACCAGCCAAGCCGUAGGUCUGACCCUGCCGAUGAACAAACUAUUACUCAGUGUUCUUCCUUUAGCUGAAGACGUUUGACGCAGUCCCUCCUAUUAAGGUGAUCAUCCCCAAUACAGAAGAUGCUUAGCUGUAGUCUCUGGUCUACUCGUUGUUUAACAAACACAAACUGGAAUGUUUGAGGCUAUCUCUACCAUCAAACAAAGGUAGAGCUGACAAUUUGUGGUAUCUGAUAAUAAUUCCCCAUAUUGAUUAAGCCUCCUCAUGUUCUGAAAAGACAUGUGAGCGCGUGCAUGCAUGCACACACACACACACACACAACUGAUAGAGCAGAUUCAUUUUAAUUUGCAGGUCCUUGUAAUUUGAGACCUGAGCAAGAUCAUGGUUCAUUUUUUCUUAGCCCAAGUGUCUUCAGUUGGAAUGGGGCAGGGGGUGGGGGUGGCAGAUGCUUCCUGAGUCUCCAUGAGGUUCGCUAUAAACAGCUGUGCUUUUAGAUGCCUUCCUGAUCAUCUUUCUGUGGCUUAUUUUUCUCCUUUCUGUGUCUUUUCUUCUCCAGCCUUUAAAACAGCCUUGAAGAUGAAAAUAGGCCUUAUUUUCCAAAUAGGAUGGAGAGUAAAGGAAGGAAUGAAUGAUCAGUUUGGUUCUCUUUUGUAAAUUAGACUUUCCAGAUUUUAUCAAAAUCUGUAGUUCUUAACAGGAGACAUGAUAUCAUGAGAUUCAGUAGCUGGAUAAACAUUGAUUCUAUAGUGAAAAAUAAAUGAGAGAUUAAAUUACAGAGUUUUCUAGUUAACGAAUAUACUGUGUUAAAUCUACUAACCUGCAUAGAACCACUUCUUCCAGGGAAGGAUGGCUGAAAAAGGCUGUGAGGCUAGAAUCCUGGCAAUUUGAGUAGACUUCCAUUGCUCUGAGGUCUCAUUUGGCUGAUCCUGAACCAGUUUCUUUACCAGGUAGCCUCAGAUGAAAAAUUAUCCAUGUAUA